CGCCCCAUUGUCCGUAGACAAAGCGGUCGCCGCCCCCGCCUGGCCCCCGUCUGAGUCUCCGUCCCUCCUCCCAGGCUCCCACUUCCCUCCUCCUCUGCUGCCCUCCCUCCGGAUCUCCCUUUGCCUCUCUCCUCCUCUUCCUCUCUCCCGACGCCUGGCUCUACCGCACCUCCUCCUAGGGACCCCCAAGGCGUUGACCAUGACCGCUAUCCCAGAUUGGAAGCUACAGUUGCUAGCCCGGCGGCGGCAGGAGGAGGCAGCGGUUCGUGGCCGUGAGAAAGCGGAACGGGAUCGCCUGUCCCAGAUGCCAGCCUGGAAGCGGGGAAUCCUGGAACGACGCCGAGCCAAGUCAGGCCUGCCUCCUGGAGAGGCGAGCCCUGUGCCUGGGACUGCAGAGGCUGGACCUCCAGACCCAGACGAAUCCGCUGUCCUCCUGGAGGCCAUUGGACCAGUACAUCAGAACCGAUUCAUCCAACAGGAGCGGCAGCGGCAGCAGCAGCAGCGGAAUGAAGGGCUCGCUGAUAAGAAGCCUGGGCCUCUGGAGGCUCUAGAACGGAGGUCAAGUCCCGGUAAUUUAAGAGAGCAGAGCCCCAAGGGAAGAGAGUCAAGAGAAGAGAGGCUGAGUCCCAGAGAGGGCAGAGAGAGGAGGCUGGUGAUAGGGGGAGCCCAAGAGUCAUGUUCCAGGACUUCGGAGACUCGAGACUGGAGGCCGAGCCCUGCGGAGGCCAGAGACCUGAGUUCCAGACCAGCAGAGGCUCAGAAGUGGAGGCUGAGCCCUGGAGAAACUCCAGAGGAGAGUAUGAGGUUAGCUAGUCCUGGAGAUCACAGUCCCAAGAGAAAAGAGGUAUCAGAAAGCAGACUGAGCCCCGGGGAGUCUGGCGACCAGAAGGGCUGCCUGACAGAGGCCCAUAGAUGGAAUCUUGACCCGAAAGAACCCCAGAAACAGAGCUUGAUACAGCUGGAGGCCGCAGAGUGGAGGCUGAACUCAAGAGAAGAGAGAAAAGACUAUUUGGAGGAGUGUGGGAGAAAGGAAGAGAAACUGAGUCCAGGGAUUGUCCUAGACCAGUCUCCAGUGACAAAGGAGGUUCAGGACACCACCUCUAGAAAAGUGGAGACUGCCGAGCAGAGGCCCAGCCCUGUGGAGGAUGGAGACAGGAUCUCGAGGCCCACUGAAGCCUGGAAAUGGACCCUAAACUCUGGGAAGGCUCGAGAACGGACAUCUCAGGACAUAGAGACUCGAACUCAGAAGCCAGAUGCCCCGGCAUCUUCAGAGAAGCACCUGGGGCCUUCUGGUGUGGAGGUUGAAGGGGAGGCUGAGAGAGAGGAGGCGGGGGCUCAGAGCAGGCCUCUGAGAGCCCAGCAGAACCUCUGCUCUGGGCCCUCCCCCCUCCCACCAGAGCAGGCCGGGGCUGGGACGGAAGGCCCCAGACAGCAGGAAGAGGAAGCAGCAGAACUCCGGCCCCCAACGCCAGCCCCUCUGUCUCCCCCACCCCCAGCCCCAACUGCCCCUCAGCCCCCCGGGGAUCCCCUCAUGAGCCGCCUGUUCUAUGGGGUGAAGGCAGGACCGGGGGUGGGGGCCCCCCGCCGCAGCGGACACACCUUCACUGUCAACCCACGGAGGUGUGUGCCCCCUGCCAGCCCAGCCCCUGCAGCCACUCCUGCCACAGCUGAUGCUGCAGGGCCUGGACCCGGGAAGAAGCGGUACCCAACCGCGGAGGAGAUCUUGGUGCUGGGGGGCUACCUCCGUCUCAGCCGCAGCUGCCUGGUCAAGGGGUCCCCUGAAAGACAUCACAAACAGCUCAAGAUCUCCUUCAGUGAGACUGCCCUGGAGACCACAUACCAAUACCCUUCCGAGAGCUCGGUACUGGAAGAUCUUGGCCCGGAGCCUGAGGCCCCCAGUGCUCCCAGCCCCUUGGCAACCCAGCCUGACGACGACGACGACGAGGAGGAAGAGGAGGAGUUGCUGCUGCAGCCAGGGCUCCAGGGCGGCCUGCGCACCAAGGCCCUAAUCGUGGAUGAGUCCUGCCGGCGGUGACCAUCUUCCGAUUUGGGCACAUACCUCUCUCCUUCCCGUACCUGGAGAUCCUGGAGUCUGGACGAUUCAGAGUCGACGGACCCUAGCAAGGAGCCUGGCAGGGAAGGGCAAUGGGCACAUUCUGACUUGCUUUUCUCAUCCCAUUUCUGGGGCAGGGCCAGUAGCCUAAAUUUACCCCUAACCCAAGGUCCCCCGUGGGUGUAGUCACGUGGACUGGAGCAUCCUUGGCGAGCUAAGAGUGAGCAACACAGGAUUCACCUGGAAUUGAGGUAGAUGGAGCACCUCCAGCCCCAUGACAGGGUACACUGUCCCCACAGCCUUCUUUGACUUCCCGCCACUCCCGGGGACACUCAGGAUUUAAGCACUCACCUCCCUGGGAGGUCUAGAUCCCACUCCAUCCACAAGCGUCCUUUUCCUAGGUCACUGCCCCUUUGUUUACAGCUUCCUUCUCCUCUCUUGAACACAGCCUGGUUUACAUACCCACCAGCUCCCAGCUACACCUGCCUGAGUCCCAGGUUUACAAGCUAGGCCUAACUCACAGCCUUCCUGUGGAAUCCUCCAACCUCCAUUUGUUAUUAUUGAGAGUGACCUGGGGAGGUAUGUGGCUUUCCUCCACUUUGCUCAGUAUUACUGUGCCUCAGUUUCCCCCAAGAGGGAAAGCUGGGGAUCCUAACUCUUGAACCCCAUGAGAAUUAUUUAAUUCUGUUCCUCCUCGUGGUUCACAUUGAAUUGAAUUGCAGUGUGGGGGACGA